UUCAUAUAUACACAACUCAUCCAUUGAAUUUUUCUCGCAAACCCAUUUAUUCUUCACGAUCUUCCCCAAAUCAGAAAACAAUGCAUCAAAUUAAAGCCAUGGCUGUUUCUUCAAUCAAAUCGCCAUUCAUCCUCUUCUUUGCGCUCUCCCUCUUCCUCCAAGGAGCAUUCGCUGAGGUGAUUUGCGACAAUUUGCCGACGAAUUUUUGUUCAUUUGCAAUCGCAUCAUCGGGUAAAAGAUGUGUGCUGGAGAAUUACAAAGACGACGUCGGAAAGCUGGAAUAUACAUGCAAGACGUCGGAGGUGGUUGUUGAGAGAAUGGCUGGAUAUAUAGAGACCGAUCAAUGUGUAAAAGCUUGUGGCGCUGAUCGGAGCUUCGUCGGAAUAUCUUCAGAUGCAUUACUUGUACCGCAAUUCACCAAAAGCCUGUGCUCGCCGGCAUGUUAUCAAAAUUGCCCUAAUAUUGUUGACCUUUAUUUCAACCUAGCCGCCGGAGAAGGAGUAUAUCUACCUCGUCUGUGCGAGAAACAAAAGACCGAGCCUCACCGUGCCAUGUUGGAGCUUUUGAGCAGCGGUGGUGCCGCCCCUGGUCUGGUGGCCGAAGAACCUACUGGUUCUGUCGCCGAUGCACCAGCUUCUUCGCCUUUCUAAUUAAUUAAUUUAAUUCUCAUAAUUUUUACAAGUAUUAUAAAUGAAAUUAUCGAAGAACGGCUACUUGCAUUGUUUUGGAUUGGGUUCGCGGAAAACCAAUAUUUAAAUUGAAAAUUUUUAAUUAUUUAAA